AUGCAGAACCAUCAUCACGAUGCCCAUUUUGACGACAAUCAAUACCAUUUCCCGCCCAAUACGCUGACAUCCAAGCAGUCUCAAUUAGGCGGUAUUUUGGGACGCGGUGCACAUUGGGGCUCUACACCAACACAAUCUGUCAAAGUUGGUUCCAGGUUAGCUGUGGCCGGGCAUAGAACCCAUGCGGAUUAUGGGAUUCGUCUUUUCUUUCAAGACACAGAUCAUCAAAUCCGGUUUGCAGAUAAGGAACACGUCAGUGCCAAUUGGACCAAGACAACGGUUUUGGACACACUAUUAUACCAACCAAUAAAAAAUGGAUCGAUAGCCGCGGGUUCUUAUUUGUUUACCGACCCGGUGCCAAACCUCGAGUUUUUCUACGAGGAUAAAGAUGGUAUAAUUCGGGGCCAGAACUUCAAUUUCAAGUUUGAGAACGGAAAGCUUCCUCCCAAAGGUGAACUCGGAACUAUCAAUACGUAUCCUCUACAGACGGCUGGAAAAACUCGAAUAUCAUGCUACUUUCCUUAUAUUGCUUCUCAGGACGCUAAUAACGCCAUACGAUGGACUACAUUGCUAGGGCAGAAUACCAGUGACCUCUCAGCCCCGUGGUGGGUUAAUGAUACGAAUUGGAACAUUAAAGCAUCGAACGGGGGUAGCAUGGUUGUGCUUCCAAUCGCACAGGCAUAUAAAAAGGCCGGAGGCAUUAUUUACAGAAGCAAUGAGGGUAUGCUAUCACUCGAAAUCCGUGACGGAUUAGAGUCUUUUAAUGACGAGGGGGCUUGGAGGAAAGGGGCUCUGUCGAAGAAGAUCCUAGCCGACACCCCUAUCGGUGCCUUUUCCGUCGGGCGACCUUACGACAACAACAAUCAAGUUAAUACGGAUAUACUAUACCAGGACGAUGAUGGUAUAAUACAAGUUGUAUGGCAAGACGACGAUACAGGUUGGAAAGGUCCUCAAACCUACGACGCGCUAGAUGGAGCGGAGAAAGGAGCGGAUAUUGCUUGCCUGACUCCCGGGGCCUACGAACCGGGAAAUAUAGGCAUAUCCAGGGAACAGGAUAUGAACCGGUGUUUUUUCCAAGUAGGCGGCGGGAAGGUUAAAGAAGUAUGGUUUAACGGCACCAACUGGGUUUCUGCGGGGAUCGUGCCGAUUAUAUAGAAGUGUACCUAACUUAUACGACAGCAGGAGUUAAGAAGAUGCAUAUUACAUAUUAUACCCAAUGAAUA